AGGAGCCCAGGAACCCUCUGCCUCAGAAAUGCUGCUGCUGCUGUUGCUUCUGUGGCCAGGGGCCCUGGCUCAGAAUUGGAAAUACAGGCUGGAUGUGCAAGAAUCGGUGAUGGUGCAAGAGGGCCUGUGUGUCUAUGUGCCCUGCACAUUCCCCUACCCUAAAAUGUACAAAACUGACUCUGCUGGUGGAUUCUGGUUCCGGAAAGGAGCCAGAGAAUCCCUGGAUACUCCAGUGGCAACAAACAUACCAAAUAAAAACAUACAGGAAGAGACUCAGGGCCGAUUCCACCUCCUAGAUGAUCUCCAGAAGAACAACUGCUCCCUGAGCAUCAUAGAUGCCAGGAGGAAGGACAAUGGUUCAUAUUUCUUUCAAGUGGAGAAAGGAAAUAAGAAAUACAGUUAUAAACUUUCCCAGCUCUCUGUGCAUGUGAUGGACCUGACUCACCUGCCUGAUAUUCUAAUCUCUCGGACCCUCAAAUCAAGCCACCCUACAAACCUCACCUGCUCUGUGCCCUGGGCCUGUGAGCAGGGGACGCCCCCCAUCUUCUCCUGGAUGUCAGCUGCCCCCACCUCCCUGGGCCCCAGGUCCACCUUCUCCUCGGUGCUCACUAUCACCCCACGGCCCCAGGACCACGGCACCAACCUCACUUGUCAAGUGAAGUUUCCCGGAGCUGAUGUGACUACAGAGAGAACCAUUCAGCUCAAUGUCUCCUAUGCUCCACAGAACCCAGCAACUGGUGUCUCCCAAGGAAAUGGCCCAGGGAAACCAGAAACCAGAGCAGGAUUGAUUCAGGGAGUCAUCAUGGGAGCUGGUGCCAUGGCCCUGCUUGCUCUCUGUCUCUGCCUCACCUUCUUCAUAGUGAAGACCCACAGAAAGAAAUUAGCCAGUACAACAGUGGGCAAGAAUGACGCCUACUUUGCUACAGGACCAGAAUCUCUGGAACACCAGAAGUCCAGGUUAUAUGACCCCAUUGACUUCUCAAGCCCUUCAGAGGAUAUCCCCACAAUGGAGGUAGAGGAGGACCUACAUUAUGCCUCCCUCAGCUUUCACAGAUGA